AAUGGUUCAUUCCGAUUUAAUCAUCAGUUCCAUCUAGCAUUCAGAGCCACUCAGCAACAGCUCUUAAUCACAGCUUCAUAUUUUCCCCUACUCAUCUCCAAACCACGCUCGUGUCCCCAGAUUAUCAUCCAUCAGUAUUCGCCAUGGCAUCACUUAUCACGGGCUUGAUCAAAGCUCUUGGCUCGGACAUUUAUCCAAAACUCGUCGCCUUUGACCUCGACGGCACCACGUGGGACGGCUGGCUCAACGAGCAUGAAUUCGGCAAGAACGGAUGGGUCACAGAAGGCAAGAAGGAAGACAACGUCACCCUCUUAAGCAAGAGCAACGACGGGUUUCUCAUUGGAGAUGUCAAGAACAAAAAAUACAAACAGGCUCAGGUCUGGGUUCCUUAUGACUUUAUCAAAAUCCUGCAGGAUAUUCGAAAGCAAACGAAGCCCAAUUCUAGUGACAACAUGAACAUUGAUGUCUGCAUCUCGUCCAAGAACACUCACAAAGAUAUGUGUGUCCGUGCCCUCUGGCACGUCGAGUAUGACGACCCAAAGAGAGGAAAGGGAACGCGCGUCACAGACAUCAUAAAGUACUUUGAGGCUGGAAACGAACACCAACCGAAAACUGAGCAUUUCGACAAUUUUGAAAGGUGGAACCAGGACAAGGGAAGGCCUACAAGCCAGAAGAAAAUGCUUCUCUUUGACGACAAAGCCGAAAACAUGGACGUUGAACAGUGGAACGGUGUUACCUUUUUCAAAAUAGCCAAGCCAGGCCGCGGUAUUACAUAUGAUGACUACAAGAAUGGACUGAAGCUGUACCGAAGCUUCAUGGAAUGGCGUCGAUACAUUCCCGCAUCCGGAGCCGAAAGUAGCAGAGUGCAACACAUUGGUUACGUUGGCGCGGACAUGCUAAACGCGCAGCGAUACGCAGAAGGAAAACGGCGGACCCGGACGGACCGCGCGGCACGAUGGGGCUACGCCAUGUAUGUGGCGGAUGACCCGCGAAUUGCCGCGUUCUUCUCCAAGAUGGGACGGGAGAAUACACCGGACGACCAGUAUAUCGUGAAGCUCUAUGUGCGAAGCUCGCAAGCGUUUGACUUCAUCAGCAAGGUCUGGUAUCCGUCCAAGGGAUCCUGGCAGAUCAACAACGUCCACUCCACCAUGGAGGAGACAUGCCAGGCGCAGGAGAAGCUCGACAAGAAGGUCAUGGAGAAGUUCAACGUGUCCAAGCCGUACCUGUCCUUCUCCAAGCACGGGAAGAUGGCGGGCAUGGACUGGAUCAAGGAAGGCACGCGCUUCAACGAGAUGAUUGUCUACCCGCAGAUCCAGGACGCCAUGUUCUUUGGCGAAGCCCACAAGCUGUCCGAUGUCGAGGGCUUGAUCAACUCAGGAGACGCGAAUUGGCCGCACCUGAAGUGGCACCGCAACAUCAAGCCCUGGGGAAUCAAGCUGUGCGCCGAGACCAAGGCCGACUUUGAUAAGUACGGCGAGAGGUAUUAGAACGAUGAGAAAGUGGCACACAGAGUGAGGCUACCCACACGUGUCAGAGAAGUGAUAAUAGUCCGCGCAGGCGCGGCACGUAGAAAGUCAAAGGGGUCGAAACUAGCCGGACCUACUUAAGCAGGCUGCAGGUAGGCAGGCAUGCAUGCAAGCGCGGCUGGAUCCAAGGCUUCUCGCAUAUACAAUGAUCAACUCGUAAACAUUGGCUGGAAAAUCGCGGGACGAUUAGAAAGC